GCACCAUCGUCAACGGAUCGAAUCGAUUUGCCAGUAUAAAAAGCAUGCUUGCACGUCUAUUCAUUUAUUUAACACUUCUAAUAUUUUAAACGGUAAAGUUGUAGGCGGCAGCAAGAAGCCGGAUGCAUUGGGCACCGAAAAUUCCUGCUAUUAAAUCAUUUCCACGGCCCCGGCUGAUUCCCACUUGCAGAUUAUGGGAUGCAGCCACGAAUACUUUUAAUUUUCUCGUAAUCGGAAAGGAAAAUUGGCCGAGAAAUUCUUCUGAAUUUUCCGCGAUUUGUCCACAGCCGGGAGGAUUCCAUUUCCCUGCAGGUCGAGGUUUCGAACUUCGGCAGGAAGCUUCAAAUUUGCAUUUUAGGCGUAAAUAUAUGUGCAAAAUGUCGUUCGUUCACUCAGAAUUGCGCGCGACAACAUCAUCAUCUUGACUUUUACACUCAUUUUGUACCAGGUGAAAUCAAGAUACCGCAUUUUUCACACACAAUUUACUGGUAACAGAGUAAAUAUAUAGUGGCUGCUCUGUCGCUGCUGACAGUAGCCGCGCUUCGAAGAAAACGCAAGGCUGGCCUGCGGAGAAAACAAGCGGGAACAAGUUCUUGUCAAGGCAGCUUGUAAUAACAGUAUUUUUAGCUUUAAAUGGGGGCGUUUUGUGUUAUGUACAAAAGGUACAUCAUCUUCAUAUUUUGAGGACAGGUUGAAAAGAAGAAGGAAGAUGAGGACGGUGUUACAGCAAAUUUUGAGACAGCAAUGCUACCAGACUGGUUGGUGCUAUGCAGUUUUCUGGAAGCUCAAACGUCUAGGUCGCAUGAUGCUGACGUGGGAAGAUGGCUAUUGCAAUUUUGCAAAGCCUUCACUGAUCUCAACUCCUGCCUUAGGGAUGCCUGACUUAUUUCUUAAUGGAUUAAAUUUUGGAGGAAAUUCUCUUGACGAUGCAACUCCUAGUCAAGAUGAGAAUUCCCUGGAAGAUAAGAUUGGUCUUGCUGUUGCCAAGAUGUCAUACCAGGUCUUUUCACUUGGAGACGGAAUUAUUGGACAUGUAGCAUAUACAGGGAAGCAUCAGUGGAUCCUUGUAGAGAACAAUGGCACUGUUUUAGCGAAUCCAACAGGAGCAGUUAAUGACCAUUUGAUGAUUGAGGCUGGAUGGCAGAAUCAAUUUGCAGCUGGAAUCAAGACAAUUGCUCUAAUAGGUGUACUUUCUCAUGGAGUGGUGCAACUUGGCUCAACACAUUUAAUAAUGGAAAACUUGGAGUUGGUAAAGCACAUCAGAACUUUAUUUCUAGAACUUCAAAAUGUUCCAGGGGUAUUUGUGUCUGAAUUUCAAGAAGCAUCUUUGACUGUGAAAAAUCAGGUGCCAGUUUUAGCACCAAUGCCCUCACCACCAAAUCGUAUUGAACUACCCAUAUUGCAGGGAAUACCUGUGGCAUCAAUUCAAGACUAUUCUAAUUUAAUUUUCCAAGAGAAGGACAACUCAAAAGUACUAGUCAAUUCCAGCAGCCCACUUGGUCUGGAGUUAAGAGGCUCAAAGACUCAACCCUGCCUCUUUGCUUCUGCGUGCAGUUCUGAUACUUCAGCUAAAAUAUCAAGGCAUUCAUCUCCAUUACAGAUUAAUAGUCUGCAAUUAAGAAGCUCUUCACCUACAGUAAACAAUUAUCAGGGAGGGAAAGCAGUAAGAAAAAUAAUUCCACCGUCAACUUACAGGGAAAUGCAUCCUUUUCAGUUUGCAAUGCAAACAAUGGUACCCUCAUCUGAUAAUCAGCAGACACUACAUGCUGCUCCAGAUCAAAGAAAAAGCUGUAUGCCAACUAUCAACAAAAAUAUUCAGAAGACAACUGAUUGUCAAUGGCAAUUUGAUUCAUCAAUGAUUCGUGGGAAAAACUCAAUUCAGCAUCAGAUGGAUGGUAGCAUAAAAUCUGGCAGUGAACAGGGAUCUACUCAGAGCUCACUUUGUAAAGCUGAAACAAAUGGGAAUGGAAAUCUCUUGGGAAGUGGACUCACUAUCCCAAACAAGGACGAAAAGGCACCCAAAAAAAGGUUGUUUAGUGAACAAGAUCCUUAUCUAAAGGAAUUAAAACAUACUAAUAUGAUGUCUUCCCUUCAAACCUGUCACAAAGGUGUUUAUCUUCCCGGAGACACCUCAGCAUAUUUGAAAUCAGCCGUGCAACUGCAGACCAAUGAGAUGGUAGCAGCAUUGGAUAUAACUCCUAUGGCUAUGGGUGAGACAGAUAUUGGCAAAGCCACUGUCUUGGAUUCUCCAUUGUCUUUAGUAGGCACGUGUACUUCUGGCUCUCAUUCAAAGCAUGUAUCCAAAGUUUUGGCGAAUGUUAACGAAGAACCUAAUACAGAAGUUCUAUGUAGUGAUAUUGCACCUUUUUGGAAUGGUGUAACUUUCUCAGAAGAACUUAAAUUAGAACAGUGCUGGCUUACAGAAAUCUUGGAAAAAAAUGAGCCACCUACAUUCCAGAAUGAUUUUCCUCAUAAAUUGAGCUACACUAAAGUCGGCAUGGAAGACACGGGAAUAAGCCUUGCUGACAUAUCUAGCUUAAAGAAUGAUCAAUGGGAAAAUAUAUUUCAAAAUGAUAAGAAGAAGUUCAAAUUGCUAAACAACGAUCAACAUGAUGAUUCUCAACACAUGUUACAAUUUUCUGCUUGUACUGAGAUGUCCAAAACAUUAGAACCAUAUCUAACUAAGUUGCCGGAUGGGGAUAUUUGGAAUGAAAUGCUAUUACCAAAAUCAAAUUUAACUAGUCCGAAUUUAAGAGAUCAAUCAUUUGAGGAUUUGCCUUGUUCUGUAUGCUUCUCUGAUAUGGAUGUAGGGGGGACUUUGAAUAAUUCUGCUGAUAGGGAACUUGCAUUACAAUUUCUACCUGAAACUGAUUCUGGACAUCUCUUAAAUGCUGUAAUUGGUAACAUGGAUUUGAAUGUUUGUCAAAGACAAGAUGAUGAUAUCUCUGGUAAAUCUACAGGUUUGAGAUUAAGUACCAAACCAUUUCUGUACACUGACUCAUGUUUGGCAGGAGAAAUCAGUAGGCGUGAACAAAAACAAUCUGAGUUGAUAGGUAUUCCUCAUAUCAAGCAGACUCUGGGCAAAAUGAGUUCAAAAAUAUUGACUUCAUCUUACAAUUUCCAAGAAGAGAAUGCUAUACAAGAAUCUCCAUCUGAGGCUCCUCUAAAUAUUCAAUGUGAUGCAUGGAUUGAUGAAGAUGAAAUUGUAAGUGAUGAGGAGCUGAGGAUUAUGAAUUUGCAGAAGUUUGAAGAACCAGUCACAGAGAAUAGAAAGGAAGAUAGACCUGGAGACAGUGCUAGGCUAAGGCCCAAGGACAGACAACAGAUUCAAGAUUGUGUUAGAGAAUUACGGGAAAUUAUACCUGGUGGAACUAAGUGCAGUAUUGAUUCUUUACUGGAACGGACCAUCAAGCAUCUGACUUUCUUACAGUGUGUUACGGAGCAUGUUGAUAGAUUGAAGAUUAGUGAAAAGUCAAAGAUGUUUCACAAAGAAGGCAGUUUUCUUGCAAGAGAUGAACUCAAAGGUGGUCCCAGCUGGGCAUUAGAACUGGAUGGUCAAAUGAUCAGGUGCCCUGUCAUUGUGGAGAAUUUGGAUCAGCCUCAACAAAUGCUUGUAGAGAUGUUGUGCGAGGAACAGGGACUUUUUCUUGAAAUAGCAGAUACUCUUCGAGGCUUGGGGCUUAUAAUCUUGAACAGUUUCAUGGAAUCCCGUCAUUUAAAGAUGUGGGCUCAUUUUGUGGUUGAGACAAAUAGGAAUGCACAACUACAUAGGAUGGAAGUUUUGUGGUCACUCAUGCACCUUUUGCAGCCACAUGCCAUAAAUUACUCAAAUGGAACUUGUCAACCUGUUCAGAUUGAACCCCGGCAGUACUCAAGUGCCCAUACCAUACCAUAAUUUGCCUUUUCAUAGAGUAGAAGGUUUGCAGGAGUCACUUUGUUUAUAAACAGGCAGCUUUUUCCUUAUAAGUGUGAUUUUCUCAUCCCAACGUUCUCAAUGUUUCUAACAUGUAUUUGCAAGGAGCUAGCAGCAUGACAACUUUCAUUUCACACUUUGACAGAUAACUUUGGAAGAGCAAAAGCAAACAUUCAUUUUCCUUAUGAUGAUGCCAGUUAUUCAUUUUCCUUUGAAGAUAUAGAUGCAUUCUGUCAAAAGCAAAGACCAAGUCCUAUUGUCGUAGGUUGUGUUGUGCCUUAUUCAUUUUCUGGCAGGAAAAAGUGACAAAGCUUUGCAUCUACACUCUUUUAAACUUUCUCCCCCAAUAGUGAGGAAGAGCAAAACAUCAAGAUUAUCUCACCAUCCAGUUCUUAUGCUAACCUAAAGAUUUUGUAAAUAACACUGCCUUGUGAUUGCAUAUUUGGAAAAACUGGGGCAGUAAGGGUUGUUUUUAUAUUAUAUGUGAUCAAGUAGGUUCCACU